AUGGCCAACCCACCAAUAUUAACGUUCUGGACAGUCACGGGAGAUGAAAAAGUUACUGCUUUGAAGGAUGCGGAGAAUACAGAAGGUCAAAUACUGCACCAAGAGAAGGGAAAGAAGUCUUCCUUUCUUUUGAAUUUGGACGAUGGAGAUGAUAGUUCUCUUGUCGAACGGCCCGAUCAAACACAAAUCAUUGUGGAAAAUAAUCCAGAACAGCAGAAUCACUUCUUUUUAGGAGGCUUUCAGAUUGUCAGCAAUGCAAAACAGUCAAAGGUAUAUCUUACGGGGAGAGAUGGCAAAGAAACUUAUCUGACAACGUCCAGAGGUAUUCCAUUCGACAAGGACAGUGGAAAGCAAUGGUACAAGGCCGUUUGCGUCAUACCCGGUGGUCCUCGUCUUAUUACUCGAUUAAGACUGGAAAUUUUGAAUGUACAAGCACACAAAGAAAAAGGGGAAACUGACUUGACAUUGACCAAGAUUCGAUAUCUCAAGCUGACGGCACGAAUACCUGACAAGGCAACGACGGCGACUCAUUCAACAAUAGCAGCACCAGCACCAGCAGCUUCUCCUCCAAAACGCGCCGGGCAACUGGGUGCAGCCCCAAUGCCAAAAAUGCAACCGGGUGCUGACGCAGCCUUUGCAACAGCGCCACCAUCUUUGUCUGCCAUGUUUCAGGGACAACAUGGUUCUGCCUUUGUGUCCACCACGAAUCCAUCAACCGACCUUGGCGGCGGUGGCAGCAGCAUGCCACCAUCCAUGAUACAGGCCUUUGGAGGUCAUGCGUCCGCCUUUCAAGCACCACCACCACAAAUGCAGCAAACAGCACCACCAUUGACCCAAGAUGAUUUGGGAGCCGCCAUGGCGGGAAUAUCCAUGAUGGCACGAUCGACCCAAGAAAGCAUGGAAAAGUCAUUCAAGACACAUGCCAAAGAAAUGCAAGCGCACAUGGAUGCUCAGUGGGGACAAGUUCAGGGAUACAUCAGUUCAUUGACGCAAGUAGUAGUUUCCCAAAAGACUGUCUUGGAAGAAAAGAACAAAAUCAUGCAACAACAACAUGAAAUGGUCGCGCAACAGUCUCUUCAAAUUGCCACAUUGGUACAGCAACAAAGUGAAUUGCAGUCGACCGUACAGUCCUUGCAAUCGGAUAUAAAGGACUUGCGACAACAAGUCGAUAAAUCACAAUCACUUGAAACUACUGCUGCUACUGCUGCAGAUGUCGAGACACGACGAGAAGCAAAUGUUUCAGCACCUCCAUCCCACGAUGUCUUGCAAGCGGUUGCCAAGACUGCCAUUGCCGAACAAACUGCAGCCAUUUCACCUUCCAUUGAAUCCAUUCAAACCAAUAUGGAAUCAUUGAGUGAAUACAUCAAGGGUGGAGAUAAUAAAACUACUCAAGAGUCACUCUCGGCAGCGAUUGAGAAUAUUGAAACUGAUGUCAAGGCACUGAAACAAGUCAUCGAAGUAUCAUUAUCGAGCAGUAAGGAUGAUGGGAACAUUUUGCAGCAACAGCAACUACAACAAGAGGAAAAAUUAUCUUCCACCUUGGACUCCAUCAAAUCGGAAAUGUCAUUAUUACGUCAAAGCAUUGAAAAUGACAGUGGCAAACGAGAUCAAAUGUCAUCUGCACUUGAAAACGUCCAAUCCAGUUUGACCAAAUUGGAACAGAUGGAGCGUCGGCCCAACGAAUCUGACAUGGAAGGCUCUCGUCAAGAAGAACAACAACAGCAGCAGCAGCAACAACAACAUCAGGAACAACAACAUCAGGCACUAUCCGCUUCGGUGGAUGCUCUGGAAAAAGAUGUGGCAACCUUACGGGAAUCCGUGGAACAAACGGCCCAAGAAAAGAAUAGCCAACAAAAGGCGCUCCAAGACGAUUUGGAUUCACUCAAGGGGGAUGUAUCCGAAAUAAAACAAAAAAGUAUACAACAAGGGAAGAAUAAUGAUGAUGAAAACGGCAAUAGUACCAAGCUGGCUGCUGCUGCGGAGGAGGAGGAGGAGGAAUCAUCAUCCGAUGCAGAAAGAACCAAAGAAAUUAUCUUGACGGGAAUUCGAGACUUUGAACAUGAUAUUUUUGCCAUUCGGUCCUUGGAAGCUGCGGAUGACUACGAGUCGGUCGAUGAAAAUAACAAUGGUGAUCAACAAGAAAAAGAAAAGAAGGUCAUAGUGGAAUCACAAGAGAUGGAACUAGGAGUACCCCAUUUGCCUCGACCUCUGACACCGGAUCGUCCCCCAAUCUCGCGGAAUCCAGUCUUGAAGGAAUCCAUGGUACUCAAGCAGUCCAUUGAAGCUCUAAAAGAAUUUCGGGAAAUUGCCAACAACAAGGAAAGUUUGAAAGCAGCAAGCUCGGGGAGUUCGGGGGAUGAUCACUCGACGGCGACGCCUAAAUCGGUCCAUUCGACAUCGACGCCUCCGACUCCGCCAACUCCUCCCACUACCAAUUUGUCGUUCGGUAAGCCUCCUCGUCCCACUGCCAAGUCGACGUCCAACCCUCCUCCAUCAUCAUUGAAGUCACUUGUCCAAACUGGAAGUUUGAUGGAUGAUGAAGAAAUGGUAGAAGGAGAAGUUGUCGAGACGGAUAUCAGCUUUGGUGACGGUGGUGAAUUUAUUGUUAGCGUAGAGACACAAGACGCAGCCUCUGGUCCUCCCACCAUUGUUGUAGAAGACAAGAAGGUGGAAACAACCAAAGAACAAGCCGCCUCGGAAGGGGGCGAAGGCGAUUCCGAGAACAACAUUACCGAGAGUGAAGGAUCAGCCAAGAGAAACCUUGGUAGCUUGGUCAUGGAGCCUAAUGGCAGCUUAGUAGUUGAUGUUGACGAAGAUGGGACGUCUCUGGUUGACAUUGAUCUCGGUAGUCUCGGGGAGAAAGAAGGGGUAUCCGACAAAGACCAAAAUAGUGACGGGGACAAUGGGGUUGCUGUCAAGGAGAAUACGAGCGAUAAUGUUACCAAGGCGGAUGAUACACCUAAGGAUGGGAAACGGGUGUCUUUUCGUGACACUGCUCUGGAAGAUCGAUUUGAAUACUCACCAGAGGUUCAAAGGUCAACGUCUGCAUCUACCGAGGGUGAGGAAGCAAGUGAGGGUUUUCUCGAAAUGGGGAUGAAGCUAUUCAAUAAUGCAGGUUGGUUAUAG